GAUCCCGCCGAGCUCGGAGCCGUCACCCCGGGGUGGGGACGGAGCCGAGGGACUGUUCGCGGCGGCGGCAUUCGGAAGGUGGGAGCGGCGCCCGACGAGGCGAGCAGGUUGUGAACAAUGGCUGUGUGGAUCCAAGCACAGCAGCUCCAGGGAGAUGCCCUCCACCAGAUGCAAGCAUUAUAUGGCCAGCACUUCCCCAUUGAAGUGCGGCAUUACUUAUCCCAGUGGAUUGAGAGCCAAGCUUGGGACUCAAUAGAUCUUGAUAAUCCACAGGAGAACAUUAAAGCUACUCAGCUCCUGGAGGGUCUGAUCCAGGAGCUACAGAAGAAGGCUGAACACCAAGUGGGGGAAGAUGGGUUUUUACUGAAGAUCAAGCUAGGGCAUUAUGCCACUCAGCUUCAGAACACUUAUGACCGCUGCCCCAUGGAAUUGGUCCGCUGCAUCCGACACAUAUUAUAUAAUGAACAGAGGCUGGUCCGAGAAGCUACCAACGUGAGUGUCCCAGGGAGCUCUGUAAGAGCAUCCUCUCUUGUCAGACUCUCUCUGUGUCACUGUCAAGUGAAGGCCACCAUCAUCAGUGAGCAGCAGGCCAAGUCUUUGCUGAAGAAUGAGAACACUCGAAACGAUUACAGUGGUGAGAUAUUGAACAAUUGCUGUGUGAUGGAGUAUCACCAGGCAACCGGCACCCUCAGCGCACAUUUCAGGAAUAUGUCCCUAAAACGCAUUAAGAGGUCUGACCGUCGUGGUGCAGAAUCAGUAACAGAAGAGAAAUUUACAAUCCUGUUUGAGUCACAGUUCAGUGUUGGUGGGAAUGAGCUGGUUUUUCAGGUCAAGACCCUCUCCCUCCCUGUGGUGGUGAUUGUUCAUGGUAGCCAAGAUAACAAUGCUACAGCCACUGUUCUCUGGGACAAUGCUUUUGCAGAACCUGAGAAGAUGAGCAGUAGCAACAACAUGGAGGAUUACAACAGCAUGGCCAUCUCUUGGUCCCAGUUCAAUAGGGAGAACUUACCUGGACGGAAUUAUACUUUCUGGCAGUGGUUUGAUGGAGUGAUGGAAGUGUUAAAAAAACAUCUCAAGCCUCAUUGGAAUGAUGGGGCCAUCUUGGGUUUUGUGAACAAGCAGCAGGCCCAUGACCUACUCAUCAACAAACCAGAUGGAACCUUCCUACUUCGAUUCAGUGACUCUGAAAUUGGGGGCAUCACCAUCGCCUGGAAGUUUGACUCUCAGGAGAGGAUGUUUUGGAAUCUGAUGCCUUUUACCACCAGAGACUUCUCUAUCCGGUCCCUGGCUGACCGCUUGGGAGAUCUGAAUUACCUUAUCUACGUGUUCCCUGAUCGGCCAAAAGAUGAAGUAUACUCCAAGUAUUACACACCAGUUAUGUGCGAGUCUGCCACUGCAAAAGCUGUGGAUGGAUAUGUGAAACCACAGAUCAAGCAGGUGGUCCCAGAGUUUGUCAGCGCAUCUGCAGAUUCUUCAGGGGGCAGUGCCACAUACAUGGAUCAGGCCCCGUCCCCAGCUGUGUGCUCCCAGUCUCAUUAUAACAUGUAUCCCCAGAACCCUGACUCUGUCCUUGACCCAGAUGGGGAUUUUGACCUGGACGACACUAUGGAUGUAGCAAGACAUGUUGAAGAACUCUUACGCCGACCAAUAGACAGUCAAUGGAUUCCCCAUGCCCAGUCGUGACCCCUGAUCCCUCCAGCCCAUAGCUCUUCAUCCCCCAGCCGGAGGAUCACUCUUGUGGAUGUUUAAUUCCAUGAAUCGCUUCUCUUUGGAAAUAAUAUUCAUAAUGUGAAGUGUUAAUACUAGUUGUGACUUUAGUAUUUCUGUGCAUGGUGAUGCCAGUGGGGUGGGUGUGAGUGUGUAUGAGUGUGUGUAUGUAUAUUCAAGUGAGGUAUUUUUCUUCCCCUUCCCUCCUUUCUGUCCAGGAUUUGGCUGCAUUUAUCAAGACCUUAGGGACUGUGGCCAAUCUCUCUUUACUAAAAGCCAGUUCUUGGGAAAGUCUGAGCUUUGGCUUUGGAGGGUGGGGAUGGGUAGGGGUGGAAGGGAGGUUGCACCUCCUAAUCAAGGACUUAUGUUGCUGUUUCAGCCAAAUAUUACAGUCAAAAAUUUAACAGUUGUUGCCUUUAACUAUCCUCUGAAAUUUCGAUCACUGCCUUUUAACAGGAAAAGCCAGGUUUUCUUUCUUUCUUUUUUUUUCCUAGGUAGGGUUGGGAAAUUAUGACAGUUUGAAAAAAUAGAUGGAGUGGGGGAAAAGAGUUUUGGGUUUUCUGUUUAGGGGUUGAUCUUUUUAAAAUGCCACUUAGCACAUACAAAUUCACCUUUUUAUGUGGAGUUGCUCCUUUGCGGGAGUGAGAACGCAUGCAUGCAUGAAUGUUUGGGGAUGUGUAUGUUUGACAUGGGUAUAAGACAGACUAGCCACAGAUGUACAUGCUUGUAGUACUGAUAUCCUGUGCAUUUGGGCUAUGGUGGAAUACUAGAUAUUAACUUCCCAGGGUUAAAAACAAUAAUUUGUUUCCUGAGGUAACCCACAAUUUGGAUCUGAUCAUUCAAAGACUUUUCCUUCCCUGCUUAUUCUCUGGAAUGUUGGAUACCAAAGUGUGAGGGUUUUGUUUUUAAGGAUCACUUAAAGAGUUAUGGAUUUUAUAAAUGUUAGGUGCCCUUUUGUUUUUUCUAAAAUGUAUCCUCUUCAUUUCCCUUCUGCCUCUCCCCACUCACAGAUGUCAUCAGAAUUGUCUUUCUUUACCUCCAAGUCCUAUGCCAGUCCUAGGCCCAUUGUCACUUGCUUUUCCUUCCAGUGUUUACACCAGUGUCUUGAAGAUUUGAUGGCAUGAAUGUCGUCUGAACCAAAGGCUAGCUUGUUGAAUUUGAAGUCCAUGGUCCACCUAUUGUGUGGUUGUGGGCAGUGAUAGAAGUUGGGGGGGGGUUAUUUGUAAUGUUUUUGAUUUUAUUUUGGUAAACAGGAAAAAAGGGAAAAAAAUGAAAUUAAGCAUAGCAUAAUUUUGACUCAUGGCAAUUUCUUCAGUAGCUUCUUACUGCUGGGGAGAUGUGGGCUGUGACUGGGAUGUGUAGCUGAACAUAGGUUGGGGAGUGAGCAGACACAGCCUAUGGGUGAAGCCUAUGAGGUUCUUCCCCCAACCCCCUCUCUCCAAGAGAAGGGCACAUGGCCAUACCCAGGAGAGUUAUGUCACUAAAAACCUUAUUUUUAUACUUGCUAGUAAAUAAACAGAUAUUUUUUUAACAAAAAAGUUAUGAAUUUAUCAAGUAUCUUGAUGUUGAUGGAGAAAAUAUUCCACUUUAGUAAAGUAUUUAUUGGAAGGUAACUUUUUAAAAGCCGCUGUGUGUUAGCCUUGGCUCAGUUUUAUAUGUUGAUUAUUUUUUAACCUGGGCAUCCACACCCUGGCAUUGCCAGGCAGUAGGAGCAUCUCUUUGCCCCUCCUGGGAGAAGACUGAACUCUCCAGGAACACCAGCAUUGGCUGUGGGAUGCUGUUCACCCCAGGAUGUGGGCUUAAUUAGGACUCCAGUCCUGAAAAUGGAGGAGGGGGGAAAAGAGGAAGGGGAAAAACUGUGUUUCCUAGGUACUGGGACUUUCAUAAAGAAUCUGAGAAAUGACUCUCUAGCUUUCUCACUUCCUGAUUACCCCUUCUGAACAGGCUUAGGAGUCUCGGGCCCUGGGUGAGACUUGGUCCCGCCUGGAGUGGUAUGGCCUAAGAAUUCAAUUCAUGUUCUGGCAGCCUGUGCCCACCAGGGGGCAGCACGAAAAUAGGAUCAUGUCUGAGGUGGACUGUGAAAGAGCCGAACAAGGGAAAACCAUAGAAAUGUGUUCCUCUUUCCUGGGCUCCGCCCAGUUCCAUGCUGAAGAUGGUUCUAGGAAGCGGUGAUGCUCUUAACUCGCACUCACUCCCGCAAUUGCAAUUCUCCAGGGACACCAGGCUUCCCAGAUAGCAUGAGACCUGGCACUUGGCUUAGCUGCCCUCACUCUUCCAGAAGCUGCUCCUGCGAGACAUUUUGGACUGAAAUAUAUAUUGUUUUCCUUCUCCCCUUCUCCCCUUCCCCCCUUGCAAAAUACAGAGCCAAACUUUUGUUCAUGCUGAUUAUUGAUGAAAGUCAAGUUUUGACCAUUUCACCUCCCUCUUUGCCCCUCUCACAAAACAGCAGCAAAAAUGUUUCAAUGGUAUGUGGUAUACACAGGGUUUUGUGAGGGUGGGAAUACCCAAAAAGUGAGUAUAAUUUAAAUAAGAGAAUACUUUUGAUAAUUUUUCUUUUUAAAACUUUGUGAAAUUAUUUCGGAUACAUAUUUUAGUGUUGAAGCAGAUACAUAUAUAUAGCCAGCCACCAAUAAAGUAUUGUGUACAAUUUUGGGCAGUCACAAAAUUGUGUAUUUUAUGUUACAAUAAAGGCCUCCUGAAGAGACAA